AUCAGUGAUCUUCAGGCAUUCAAGCUGACCUGAUCGCGAGGGUUACCCAGCUGCCGGAGGCCCAGCUGGGCCACUUUGAAAAUUCCUUCUGCCCAUUCAAAUUUGACCCCUAAGCUUUGCGCGCGGUUAUCAGUUGUGGCGGGAGAGAGAGAGAGAGCGAACCUUGAACUCUUAUCACCCAUUUCUCUCAGAUUUAUUUUCUUUUUUUCCCACCGCCGCCGUGAUAGUAAUUUCCCAAAGUGCCGGGGAGCUGCUCGUCCAGACGAUGAGAAGCUCCCUUGAAAAGUACAAUCUUAAGCAACGGAUUUUCCUCGUGAAGAGUUUCUAUCAAUUUUUUGGGAAUUACGAGAGUAUUAAAAAUUGCUUUGUGAGUGCCUUUAAUGCCCCCAUAAUGCCCACUGAGGAGAUUGUCAAUGAAGUCAUUCGGUUGUUUGAGGAAACGGGCAAUGUGGGGAAUUUUGGUGAUCUUCCCAGUGAUCUUUGUGAUUUAGAAGAUAGUGAUCAUGCUGAUCUCAUGUACUUCAAACCCCAUGUGGAUGCCGCAAAGGAACCUCAGGAGGUUGAAGAAAUUGCCUUUGAUGAACAUCUCUUUGAUAUUCCCAGCUCUGUUGCAUCCAAUCACGAUGACUCAUUGCUAGUGGACGCACCUGGUUAUGAUCAUCAAGACUUUAUCAAGUUGUUUGAUUUGCAUCAAAAUGGCGCGGAGGACAGGAGUAAUCCCAUUAGGGUGGCUGUUGAGAAAACCCUUGAAGAUCUCGAGGAUCCCACGAAGAGUCUCGAAGCCUCCAUGUCACCACUAGCAUCCCUGGAAACGCCCCUUGCAUCCCUCGAGGAGACAAUUCGUGAACUUGAGGAAUCUCUGCGGAGUAUUCAGUCUUCCGGCAACCAAAUGGGGUUGAAGAAAUCCCAAAGAAACUCCCAGAAGAGGCGUCAUACGGAGAAGAAGAUUAUCUGUGAAGUGUGUGGGAAGGCGUUUGCCAAUGAAUCCCGAUUGGAACUUCACAAAACGUGUCAUUCCACCGAGAAGCUGCAUGAGUGCCCGCACUGUGGGAAGUCCUUCCGGUGGAUGUUUGCUCUGUCGCGGCACAUAAAGCUACACACGGAUGAUGGGAAGAAGCUCUUCAAGUGCCACCUGUGUCAGAAAUCCUACAGAUUCGAGAGGUACCUCAAGAUUCAUGAGAAGAAUGUUCAUGAGAGGCAGCAGAAGUACUUCUGCAAAUGGUGCAACCAGGAAUUUAUCUCUCAGGCUGAACUCUUGAUUCACUGGAAGACCCACAAUGAGGGCAUUUUCUCCACUGACACUAAUCCCAAUAUCUCAAGCGUUGUUGGUGAACUCCAGUGCUCUGAAUGUGGACGGAUGUUUUCCACGAGGGAUAACUUGAGGAAGCACACUGUCCUGCACACGGAGCACUUCCCCUUCACGUGUGAAAUCUGCGGAGUGGGUUUUAGGUGGAAGGAGAGUGUCCAGAGGCACAUGCUGAAGCACCUUGAGACGUCAGACGCCGGGAGUUUGCUGCAGUGUGAAGUGUGCGGGAAAAGAAUGACCCGACGGAGCAUCCUCAAGGAGCACAUGAAGACACACGAGAAGCCCCCUUGGACCUUCACGUGUACCUUUGAGGGGUGCAAAGGGAACUUCCGUUGUGAAAAAUCCCUCAAGAGGCAUAUGUAUGAGAGGCACAGGAAGCUGAGGAUUAAAUGUACGCACUGUGAUCUGGUUUACAAAGACAAAUCUCAGCUUCAGAUUCACAUCCGACGAUGUCAUUUGAAGGAGAAAGCCCCAUUUGAAUGUACAACUUGUCAAAGAUUCUUCUGGAUCAAAAGAGACUUCCGGAAUCACAUGCAGAAGCAUCAUAACGUUAAAAUUCAGUGAUUUUCUAUUUUUAUACAUUAAAAAAAAAUGGCGAUUCUGGUAAAAAAAAACGUUAAUUUGGUUAAUUUAUUCAAAAUAAAACAAACAUAAUAAACAACUAUAAAACAUUCCAGUGAAACAACAAUGAAACACAAAAUGUUUUGUGGUUGCGUGUGGAAAAACA